CUCUCUCUCUAGAAUUUAUGAUUUUUUUCUUUUUAAAUUUGAAGGGAUUUAAUUUGAUGUUUGCCUGGUCAUUUCUUGCUAAAAAUUGAUGACUUGAAAAUUCUUAUCAUGAAAAGUGCUUAUAGUAAGGAGACAUUGGAGUACUAAUCAUGUAAAUAGCUGCAUUUGUUGAGAAUUUGGGGGAAGUCAAAUAAGAGGAAAAUUCCUGUUUGGUUACUUACACUUAAUUACGUGAAAAAUAAAUAAAUUAGAAUUUAACACAGAAAUUCUUUCAUUUGGUUACUAUAUUUUGCUAAAUCAAAUUCACGUGUUGCUCAUUUCUAUUCUGUGGACUCCCGGGUUGGUGGUGGGGAGAAAUUGGCAGCUGGAUUGAAGUGCCGAUAAGCACGUAGCCAUCACAUUCACCUCGGUGUUCUGCUUCAGCGUGAGCCGCGUGACUAUUGCAAGGGUUGAAACGUCAAUUUUCCUUUUCUCUUAACUUAUGAAAAUGACCAACCAUAGUCAAAGACAGAGUGUUUCAGCUUUCUCCUACCCUUUGAAAGCCAUAGUGCGAUACGGCCAACUUUGCCAAUAUCAUCUCUGUUCCCUUUCCUCUAUUUUAUGGUCAGAGAUUUUCACAUUGCGGAUAGGGAGGAAGAUAUUAGUUACUACGCUGGAUAUGUAGGUUCUUCAUUCAUGUUGGGAAGAGCUUUGACAUCUAUUCUUUGGGGAAUGAUUGCUGAUCGUUAUGGUCGAAAGCCAGUUGUCAUUAUCGGGACAAUUACAGUGGUUAUCUUCAAUGCACUCUUUGGCCUUAGUACAGACUUUUGGAUGGCUAUUUUUUUGAGGUUUCUCAUGGGCAGCUUGUGUGGAAUAAUUGGCACUAUGAGGGCAUAUGCUUCUGAAAUUUGCCGAAAAGAAUACCAUGCUUUGGGAAUAUCUGCUGUAAGCACAUCAUGGGGCAUUGGUUUGGUUAUUGGUCCUGCUAUUGGAGGUUAUCUUGCACAGCCUGCAGAAAAGUACCCUGGCGUAUUCUCGAAGGACUCCUUAUUCGGGAGAUUCCCAUAUUUGUUACCUUGUCUUAUGAUAUCACUAUUUGCAUUAGUUGCAACAGUAGUCUCCUUUUGGCUUCCGGAGACACUACACAAGCAUAACAAAACUAACAAAGAUCAAAGUGAUCUCCAUGAUGUUGCAGAAGGAACUACAAAUGGUUUAAAUUUGUCUGAGAGCAUGAAGCAUUCUGAACGCAGAAUCCCGAAUUCCCAGAAAAGCCUUCUUAAGAAUUGGCCCUUAGUGUCAGCUAUUUUUGUCUAUUGUGUUUUCCAGCUUCAUGAUAUUGCCUAUUUAGAGAUUUUUUCAUUGUGGGCUGUCAGUCCAAGGAAUCUUGGGGGUUUAAGCUUUACAACUGCUGAUGUUGGACAAGUUCUUGCCAUCACAGGUGUUGGUUUGUUACUCUUCCAGCUAUUUGCUUACCCAUUGGUCGAAAGGAUUGUUGGGCCUGUCAUGAUUUCUCGUGUUGGCGCAGUAUUAAGCAUACCGUUGCUGGCAAGCUACCCAUAUAUAGCUAUGUUAUCCGGUUUCUGCCUAUCCAUAGCUCUUAACUGCGCAUCUAUGUUAAAAAAUGUGCUCUCGGUAUCGAUCACCACUGGAUUGCUAAUUAUGCAGAAUAGAGCUGUGGCCCAGGAGCAAAGAGGAGCUGCAAAUGGCAUUUCUAUGUCUUCAAUGUCUUUUUUCAAGACAAUCGGCCCAGCAACUGGGGGUUCAUUAUUGUCCUGGGCACAACGGCGUCAAGAUGCUGAUAUUUUGCCAGGUGAUCAGCUGGUUUUCUUUGUCCUCAAUGUGAUUGAGUUGCUGGGCUUACUUCUGACCUUCAGACCAUUUCUGCAAGAGCCUGAAGACAACAUUCCUAAGUCCAAAAAAGACUCUGCAGAUCAAUCAGAAAAUGGCAUACAAGAGACGCUCUCACUAACAGAGUUGCCUUGAGUUACCAAUAUAAGCUAUAUUGCAAGUCAAAUAUACGAAAAAAAUCUUCUUUUGCUUAAAUAAAAUUUUGCAGUAUAAGUUAACAGUUAACGAAUUCUCUUAAGAUCAUUGAUUUCGUUGAUUAUAAACCUUCGUUUC